AUGUAUAAUAACUUCCAAAAUAACCGUAAUGAAGAUCGUAAAGAAGACAAACCACCAUACUCCAGAGUUUUCGUUGUAUGCAGUAAACUCACCCAAGAAGAAGAUUUAAGAACUCCUUUUGAAAAAUAUGGUACUGUUGAAGACUUGUAUAUGCCUAGAGAUAGAAAUACAGGUGAACCUAGAGGGGUUGCAUAUAUAAAAUUCAGUAAAACGUCAUCUGCUGCUGCAGCAAUCCAUGAUCUGCAAGCGAAGCCAUUAAAAAUAAAUAAUAAACCAAUCAAAGUUAUGAUUGCUUCAAGUAAGCAUGAUUCAAGUUCCACAAAUGAAGAGAAAUAUAGAAGACUCUUUAUAAAAGUUCACAAAGACAUAUCUGAAAGUGAAAUAUAUGAUCAUUUCAACCAAUUUGGACUUGUUGAUUCUGUGUACUUGCAAAAGGAUAAAGUUACAGAUAAAUGCAAAGGCUUUGCAUAUGUACAUUAUACCAACUUUUUAGAUGCUGCGAAAGCUUUUGAAGAAUGUGACAGAAAAUAUAAACCUGUGUUUGCUACCCCUAAAGAUGAACUGAAGCGUGGCAGAAAUGUUUUAGAGGGACUAUUUGGAUUUCAAGGGGAUUCUUACUCUAAUAAUAGUCAAGUUGGCAAAGACUAUAAUUUCAUAGAACAAAAAAGGGAUAGCUUAAGUCUUCUUCCGAAUAUUCCAUCUCAGAACUGUGCUACAGUCAUUGUCACUUGUAGCCCUCAAGUGCCUCAAAAAUAUGUUGAAAAGUUGUUUAAUAUUGUACCUGGUAUGAUUCAGUGUCAGUACACACUUGAUACAUACAACGGUUUUUGUAAAGCAAUAGUGACUUAUGACAAUGAACAGUCUGCCACAUGCGCAGUUAAAAAAAUAAAUAACUUUGAAUACCCUUCUGGGGAAAUUGUUUCUGUCAAGCUUGAUGAAAACCCUAUAAAUAAGGCAGCCAAUAAUCUCACAAAUAUUGUUAAUAAUUUCAAGAAUUCUUUAGAUGCAGGCAACCCUGAUUUACUUCAACUAGCAGAUGCCAUAGCUGAAGCAUCAACAUUGAUAAAAGCAGCUACAACUGGUAAAAUUGAAAAUAAAUCUCAUAAUUUAGAUACCCCAAAUGAUUUCUGUAGUGUACCCCUGCCAUCUCCUCGACCGAUGGCAAACUCCAACAGCAGAGUUGCACAAAGAUGCUUUAUAGUCUGUAAACCAUAUCCUCCAGCUGGAUCAGCUUUAAGAGAUGCCUUUUGCCGCUUUGGAGAUCUUAUUGAUGUAUGUACUUUUCCAAAUAAGACAUUUGGUUUUGUCAAGUAUGCCUCUGUAAGAGCAGCACAAGAAGCUAUAAAAACUUUGAAUGGUGCUGUCUUAUGUGGCAUCCAGCUUAAAGUUUUAGAAGCUGAUGAAAAGCCUUCAAAGGAUGAUGACCAUAAAAUGAUAAUAGACUCAUCAGAAGACUUUUCAAAUCACUGUAAGGAAGGUAAAAGAAUGAAGAUUCACGACUAG